UAGGCAACAUUACGUUUGUAAUCGAAAAUCAAUACUGCAUCGGCUACAUGUAGUUUAAGAACAAACUCGGCACUUUAAAAGUCGACUGGAAGUAAUUCGGUUGCGAGAGUAUAACCAAUGGAAAUAGGCGUCGCAGUCGUCGGAUUCCGUUGAGUUGCCGGCGACCGAUGUGCUUUUUGCGCUUUACAACAAAGAGACGCGUCGCACGGAUAAUUCGGGUGAUGUUUUGUGUUUCUAAUAGUGUAAGUUCCUGAGCGUCGAUUGCUAUCAACAGGUACAAUACCUAGUGAGUUGAUAGCAUGUGUAUGUCGAUCAGUUCCCUUCAAUUUAUAACGUUGGAUUAGUAGAAUAGGAUUGAUUAUAGUUUAGUAGAUGGUUGCCUCGUUACUUAAGGCAAAAGGUCUCCUCUUAUCUGCAUAGUUAUAGCAGUUGAGUUGUUGCUAUGUAGAAUGUCCAUGAUUGACUGGUCCGAUUAACACCAUGCCCCAAGGUUCUCCGUCACCAGCGGACGUGAUCCGGCUGGAACCCAUGGGAAGGUUCAAGCAAACUCAAAACGGCAAUGUGCGACUACAAGUAGUUACUGGAGACCACAGCAUCGAGGCAGUUGUCUGGAGACGCGGAGAAACAGUGAUGAGCGAACAGGAUGUUGACGAUGUUGCGUUUCUUACAGGAAAUGAAAGUCCUGCUGGUGCCACUAAGAAAAGUUUAUAUGAAAAUAAUGGUGUCGCGGCUUGCUCUCAUAAUAGAGCACUUUGUAUUGCAACUGUCGUCUUUGCUCUUCUCUUCACAAUUGCUGUCAUCAUCGCUUUCACAGGCCCACAAAGUGAUUGUACUUGUGCCGGUGAAAAACCUCCAAAUUUCGUUGACGAGCGUUGGAACGUGACCAAGGCUUUCCCUCCAAGAGCUACAAAUGGCCAGAUUUUCCCCUGGAACAACAUCCGUCUUCCUACUUUCGUAAGACCCACACGUUACAACAUCACGAUCCAUCCAAAUCUCACUACGCUCGAAGUCAAAGGUCAAGUUUCCAUCGAAUUCCAUGUAGAAAAAGAAACACGUUUUAUAGUACUACAUAGUAAAAAUUUAACAAUCGGUGAUAAGAUGGUCCAAGAUAAGAAAGGACAUCAUCUGAAAGUAGUUAAGAUGUUGGAAUACACAGGAGCUCAACAGCUCUAUAUCGAAAUAAAAGAUGCAUUUCGAAAAAAACACAAUUAUACUAUAAACUUUAGGUUUACUUCUAAAUUAGGUAGAGAAUUCGAAGGUUUUUAUAUUUCUAGUUAUAUCAACAAUGAUGGAGAAAAAAGAUAUUUGGCUACAACACAUUUCGAACCAACUUAUGCUCGAGCUGCCUUCCCAUGUUUUGAUGAGCCAAAUUUUAAAGCAAAAUUCAAAAUGUCUAUUUUUAGAGAUAGAUUUCAUAUAGCUCUAUUUAAUACGCCUGUUAUUAAUACUGAAGACGUUGGGUUCUACAUGGGAACCGGACUUCUCAGAGACGAUUUCGAGGAAUCGGUCAAAAUGAGUACUUACUUGGUCGCCUUUAUAAUAUGUGAUUACACACACCUCAGUCGACAAACGCAAAGAGGUGUUUCAGUAUCUAUAUAUACACCUCCUCCUUACAUUUCUCAAGCAUCUUUCGCUCUAAACACCACAACUCACAUUCUCAACUAUUUUGAAGACUUCUUUGGAGUUCCAUAUCCUUUACCAAAACAAGAUUUAGCUGCGAUUCCCGAUUUUGCCACGGGUGCAAUGGAAAAUUGGGGAUUGAUUACUUACAGAGAAACUGCCAUUUUAUAUGACCCAAUAGAAACUUCCACAGUGGCACAUCAGUACGUGGCUAUUGUGAUUGCCCACGAACUUGCCCAUCAAUGGUUUGGAAAUCUCGUCACAAUGAAAUGGUGGAACGACCUCUGGCUAAAUGAGGGAUUUGCAAGUUAUUUGGAAUAUUUAGGAGUUGAUAAUCUAUUCCCAGAAUGGAAGAUGAUGGAACAGUUUAUUUUAGAUAAAACUCAACCUGCUCUUGCCUUAGAUGCUCUAUCUAGCAGUCACCCCAUUUCAGUAGCUGUACAUGACCCCGCGGAAAUCGAAGCUAUUUUUGAUACCAUCUCUUAUAGCAAAGGUGCCGCAAUUUUAUACAUGUUAAGCAAAUUUCUUCAACAAGAAACUUUACAAAAUGGCCUUAAUGAUUAUCUAAGUACUUAUAAAUAUAGUAACGCCGAUACCAAAGAUCUUUGGAAUGUCUUCAGCAGAAAUUCGAAUCAAUCAUUAGAAGUUAUGACAAUUAUGGAUACAUGGACACAACAAAUGGGUUUUCCGUUAAUUACAAUUAGUAGAGAAGAUAAUGAAGUACUUGUGAGCCAAGAACGGUUUUUAUUGACCGUAGAGAGUGCAAAUAGUUCGAUUAGAAACUCCCCAAAGUCAAAAUUUGAUUACAAAUGGUACGUUCCUUUCACAUAUAUCACAAAUAAUGACACACAAACGGUCUAUAACGUAUGGAUGAACAUGACAGACGUUCGGUUUGAACUGGAUCCAGAUAUAACUUGGAUAAAAGCAAAUGUAAACCAGUCGGGAUUUUACCGCGUCAUGUAUGAUGAAGCAAUGUGGAGAUCGUUGGUUAACGUUUUGCGUACCAACCAUACAGUAUUUAAUCCAGCUGACAGGGCAAAUUUGAUUGAUGACGCAUUUACCUUGUGCCGGGCUGGUUUGCUAAAUGCUAGUAUCCCACUCGAAUUAUCUUUGUAUUUGUCAAAAGAACGGGAUUACGUACCAUGGGCUACCGCAAUCGAACAUUUCCAAUCCUGGAGUCGCCGAUUAUCCGAAUCUUUAGCAUACAAAUUAUUUUUGAAAUAUAUGAGACAAUUACUGACUCCGGUUGCUAAAUAUAUCGGCUGGGGGAACAAAGGCUCACAUCUCGAAAAAUUGAUGCGUACUCAAAUCCUAUCAACGGCCAUUUUAUGCGAACUAAACGAAACUGUGACACGCGCUAAACAGGAGUUUCAAAGAUGGAUGCACCAAAACGUGUCCAUAACUCCAGAUUUAAAGGAAGUGGUUUAUUCGGCCGGUAUAAAAUAUGGCGGUAUGGCCGAAUGGCAACACUGCUGGAAUCUCUACAACUCGACAACAAUUCCCAGCGAGAGAAAACUCCUCCUGAAGGCAUUAGGUGUUGCUUCCGAUCCUUGGCUCCUUCAAAGAUAUCUCUUGGAGACUUUGGACCGUAACACAGUAAAGCCUCAAGAUGUCAAAAUUGUUCUUGCCGUAGUCGCUGCAAAUCCAGAAGGGAGAUUAUUAGCCUGGAGACAUUUGAAAGCGUAUUGGCCUACGAUGCAUUCCUUAUUUGGAAAUGCUACCUUCAUGAUGGGUGGUCUCAUAUCAGCUGUAACUGCUCAUUUAUCUACGCCGUAUGAUUAUUACGAGGUUUCUACUUAUUUCAACGGAAUGAAUGUGGGUUCGGCAACGAGAGCCUUGGAGCAAAGUCUCGAAACUAUUAAGCUCAAUAUAAACUGGGUGUCGCAGAAUGAAGCAGAUAUAUACACGUGGUUGCGUAAUUACGUUAAGUAGAGGCUUGUAGGGAUUUAAUUGUGAUGUAUUCAUUAUUUCGAUAUUAUCGUCUUAGGUGAUCUAUUUUUAUGUAUAUUUUUUAUAUGUAUAUAUUAAGCGUGCUAUUUUCUGUAAAAAUGUUUUGUCAAUGUUGAUAUUAAUGUGAAUUGAGAUAUUAUUUUUAUAUAUUAGAUACCUCUAAAAUAUCGUCUUCUACAUAUGAUUGACUAUCAUUUUAUUCUCAGUGUAGAGUCCUCCACAACUCAAUCUAGACUAUGUAUUAAUUUUUUAUAACAGCUGUAUUUUUAUUAUACAUUCAACACCACAACUGUAUGAAUGUUUCAAAUAAAAUGUUUUACCAUC